CGGCUUCCGGCAGGCACUCGGGCGCGCGCGCGCGCCCGCCAGCGGCCGUGAUGGGACUUUCUGGAUGCGGCGCUUCAUGGGCGGCUGCGAGCACAAACGCUCGCCCGACGCCUGCGUCGGCAGCGGCAAGCUGAGCUCGGUACCAGCCGCGCGCCGGCCCUCAGCCACAGGGUCAAGGCCUUCCGCCUCGCGUUGAAGGGCCACUUGGAGCUCUCGGACAUCCUCAGGGCGUUCGACCGCUUCUUCGGCAACACACUAGCGGCGGCGCACACGGCCGUGCCCCUGGCAGAGUUGAUCUCCUACGAGGAGGUUCACGCCCAUGGUAAUUGGGCGAAGCACUCGCCUCCUCCCGACGCCGCAGUGCCACUGCCGCCCGUUCCAGCUGGCGCGGUGGCGGCUGCCGCCUUGGAGCUGCUGGCCGCGAUGGCCCACGGCUUUCACACACAGCUUCGUGCCGACGGCCCAGAGUUUGCUCCUGGCGACGGCACACUGGAACGAGCAGAAUCAUCCGACCACCACGGAUGGACAGCUCAGGCAGCAGGAGAGGGACUGUGCCGCCGACCCACGCCAAGUGCGUGCUCUUCGGCACCUCCUCGAAGAAGCCGCUUGGGCUGGAGGGUCGGCACGGUGAUGCAGGAGACGGGCCCGCCUGGUGAGGCUGGCGAGCCUUGCCUUGUGGAGACGAUCGGCGAGAUCUUCUUGGGGAGUCGCCGUCUGCUGGCGUCGUUUGUGGCGUCUACGGCCCACGACCUGCGUGGAGCUUGCGCAGCUCGCCAUGGCUCUGAUCCUCGAGGUGAUGCUGUUUGUCGUCACAAAGUCAUGGAUGGUCGAGGUUCUACUCCAAACGAAGACGAUGCUCUUCCUCACGAUCCUGCAUUUCCUCAUGAAUGUCUUCCUGAUGAUGCUGAGGCUAGUGGAGGCGGCUGUCACGGCGAAGAUCGUGGUUGUCCUGAGCCUCGCGAAUGUGUGCCUCCCCGUGUCUUGUGGAAUGCAUGCCAAGCUGUUGCCAAGACGUGUGGCUUGAUGUGUCGUCUCCCUUCUCGCGUCCCUCCCAAUUUCUACCGCCCUCCCG